AUGGUCAACGGAGCCCUGUUGAUUCAUUACAAUGGAACCUGCUCCAUAGCUCGACUCUAUAAUAUCAGCCGAUUAGUUAAUUCUAGUCAUGUGAGUCGGGACGAUCGUCUUCCAGCAAGCAAGGUGCUGGCGUUAACCUUCUCACUUUUGGCAUUGAUUACAAACGCUUUCUGCAUGAACGUAUUUUUGCAACAACGUCGCAAGUCUGUGAUGCGUACCAACCUUCUGUUAUUAUCCUUCACCGAAGUCUGUUUCCACCUAUGCUUAUCUAUGGACUAUGUUGUUCAAUUCGUUGUUUCUUCAGUCGAAAUUGAAAAACCAAACGCAAUGAAAUUAGGACCAGCACAUCGUUAUAUCUUCUAUGCAUUAAUUGUGUUCGGAUCUGAUUUCACUCUCUGCACACGAAAUUGGUGCAAUGUUCUGAUAACUUCAGCGCGUAGUGAAGUUGUUGUGUUUCCUCUCCGAGCGCGAAAAUGCUUUGCACGUAACCGAAUACUAACUUAUUACCUUUAUCUCAUCUUUAUCUCCUGUCUUGCUUCCCUCGUCCGCGUUUUCUACGAGCGCAUCAUUGUUUGUCAUCUCCGUCCUGAACAGAUUAUAGUUUUGGGUGGCACAACCUGGACAGAAUUGGGCAACUUGAUGCGUGAAGAUAUAAUUGGAUUGUACGAGAAGUAUGGAUUCUUCAUUUACCAGACAAUGGUGCCACUUCUGGUGGUGACGACACUUUCAGGUAUGAUUGCCUGCUACAUCUCACCAUGGAGAAAGCCAGAGAUAGCAACUGCAAACGUGGCUCGCCGACGCCAUCAAAUGAAAGCUACUAAGACUAUUCUGCUACUGGCAUCUCUUUUUUGCCUAUUUCAGACUCCAAAUUUUAUUUUCGUCUUUCUCAGCUACCACACCAAUCUGCUAGAAUCCAACUGGCACAACAACGUGCGUACUAUGUGGGUUACUGUGGCCGAUCUCCUGCUUACAUGCGAUUCUAUUUGCAAUAUUAUAGUCUACGCGCAAGGACUCACCGAUUUCAGGCACCACCUACAUUGCCGACUGCGAAAAAGGCAUAGUGAUAGGUGGACGCGACAUGAAUAUGGUUCCAGAGUUUCCAGCUACAUGGCAGGCAAUUUGAGUGCCACUCCAACUGCGAUAAGCCUUACGCUACCCGUAUGUGAUAUAUCAAAGUCAAAUCUGGAUUUACCACCAUUAAAGCAUAAUAGACUUUUCAUUAUUACCCUAAAGCGCCUUUACUGCAUUGGGAAUCAGAGAAAAGGGCAUGAAAGUGGCAGUUCUAUGAAAGAAGAAAAGGAGGAAGAAGAAAAUGGUGUAAGUUCAAAUGGAAGCCAGCAAAUAAGACAAUUAAAACGCAGCGAAACUAACAAGUAG